AGGGCUGCGGCGGCGGCGGCGGCCGGCAUGGCAGAGACGUGGCCCGGGCCCGCGGCGGCGCCGCAGCUCAACGCGCUGCCGGACCACUCGCCGCUGCUGCAGCCAGGCCUGGCGGAGCUGCGGCGCCGGGCCCAGGAGGCGGGCGCGCCGUCCGAGCCACUGCCGCUCACCGACGCCUUCCUGCUGCGCUUCCUGCGUGCCCGGGACUUCGACCUGGAGCUGGCCUGGCGGUUAUUAAAAAACUACUAUAAAUGGAGAGCAGAAUGUCCAGAAAUAAGUGCAGAUCUACACCCUAGAAGUAUUCUUGGCCUUCUGAAGGCUGGCUACCAUGGAGUCUUGAGAGCAAGGGAUCCUACUGGCAGCAGAGUUCUUAUUUAUAGAAUUGCACACUGGGACCCAAAAGUUUUUACAGCUUAUGAUGUAUUUCGUGUAAGUCUAAUCACAUCUGAGCUUAUUGUACAGGAAGUAGAAACUCAACGGAAUGGGAUCAAGGCUAUCUUUGAUCUGGAAGGCUGGCAGUUUUCACAUGCUUUUCAAAUUACUCCAUCUGUUGCCAAGAAGAUUGCUGCUGUACUUACAGAUUCCUUUCCAUUGAAAGUUCGUGGCAUCCACUUGAUAAAUGAACCAGCCAUUUUCCAUGCUGUCUUUUCCAUGAUUAAACCAUUCUUAACUGAAAAAAUUAAGGAGCGGAUUCAUAUGCAUGGGAACAGUUACAAACAAAGCUUACUGCAGCAUUUCCCAGACAUUCUUCCUCUGGAAUAUGGUGGUGAAGAAUUUUCCAUGGAGGAUAUCUGUCAGGAGUGGACAAAUUUUAUAAUGAAGUCUGAAGAUUAUCUCAGCAGCAUUUCUGAGCCCAUUCAUUGAGAGAAAAUCACUUUGUUUGAAUGGAUUCCUGAUUAAAAAUAUAUGAGUUGUACAAAAAAUAACUUUUGCGGCCCCGCCCCCAGCCCAGAGCGCCCGGUGCGCGUGGCGCGGCCCACGACGCGGGGAGGAUGGCGC